AUGUGUGUUUCCCUCUCUGAACCUUUCACACUUGUCAUUUACCCUGUAGGAGAAGAAAAUAGGAAAAUUGCUAUAAUGCAGCACAUCCUUGACAAGGUCGUCAGUCAUCGUCCAUUUUUUGUUUUUGUUGUAGUCAUUUAUAGUUUUUUUUUUUUAUUGUUAUUAUUAUUUUAAGCAGAGGUUUUAGUGAAAUAUGUGUGUAGCCUCACAUUUUCCUGUGGUUGAAGUCUAUAUUUAGGAGUCCGACCUACGCAUUUAACGGCUGUCCGGCUGAAAAUAGUGGAGAGGAACAAGCAUUGCUUUGUGGCCAAGCAUAACAGAAAAGCUCAGGCUCUCUAUUCAGCAGCACAGGCAUACCUGAGAGAGAGAGAGAGAGAGAGAGAGACUCUCUCAAUUCCCCAUUUAACCACAGCAGCUCAAGCGGGGGAUCUGUUUUUACACUUUCUCUUUUCACUCUUGCCUUUGUCACACACACAUACAUGCGCAUAUAACAUGCACAGACAUACACAUUUACCCAUACAUACACCCACGCACGCACACACAGGCACAAUUACCGAUACACAGAUACACAUACAAGCGUGCACUCCCUCACGCACACACGUAAACAUACACACACAACCCAUUUGUGUCCCUUGUUUUUCUUGCUUCACUCUCUCUUCUGAAGGAUGUUGUUUUAGUUUAUGAGAAACACACAGGCUGUGGAUGCACAUACAUGUGCGUAAAACACACACAGCUCAGCUUGUUUAACACACUCCACACGUAACACCCUCCGAGGUGAAAAAGGAACGAGAGAGGAAAAAACACGCACCGGCACAUACCAGCGUCUUGGAGAAUAAUAACUGGAUUCAUACCCUCAUGAAUGUCACCCUUGAAACCUCAAGCUCACAACAAACAGAUUCUGUUACAAAGUUUUGUUUUGUUUCUCUUUUUUCCCCCGCUUUUUUUGUUUUGCCUUCGUCGACCCGCAUUUGUCAAUUUAUUCAUUAAGCCUGACGCAUGCCCCAGUGUGGCAAACAGAGGCCCUGUCGUUGAGAAGGCAACAGAGGGGCCACUUACUGGCCCUAAUGAGUUAAUUAGAGACAUACGUCAGGCGCAACAAAAAGGCGUUUUUUGCUACCCUGGUAAGUCAUGGAAAAACCAAACGGUCGUGCCACAUACCCCUCACUCUUAAAAUAGUACCUGGCCGUUUGAAUAAACUGAGAUUGUUGGGGGAGGGGUGGGUUGGGGGUUGAGAGUGUGUGGUUUUUCAGGAAUUUUGCAUUACUAGAUGUUUCCAUUAAGUUGUGUGUGUGUAUGUGUUCUUUUUUUUUCCCUUCUACUUCCCCCCACGUCUCUUCCAUCUUGCUCCCUCACUCCUAGAUCCGUUUGGAAAAGAGGACCCCUUUGCGAACAGCGCCUUUGGAGGUGGGAGUGGCUUUGCCGACUUUGGGCAAAUGUCAAAGGGUUUCUCUGGGUCGGCUUUUGAGAGGAGGCCUUCCCAUCCUCCUAAGAAGAACGUUCCUUCCAGGCCAGCUCCUCCUCCCUAUAGCUCUGGUCAGGGUACACCGGGACACUCCAUGGGGCCAUCGGGUCAUGUUGUGAGUAGAGGCCAUAGAGGCAUGCCCGCUUCUUUGGCUGGAAUUGCUGCUGUGCAGGAAGUGGCAAGUUUGGAAGUGAGGCGGAGCAGCUGGAGUGGGCCAAGCGGGAGAGCGAGCGGGCGGAGCAGGAGAGGAUGAGACGACUCCGUCAGCAGGAGCAGGAGGACCUGGAGCUGGCCAUUGCCCUCAGCAAAACGCUCACCUGAAUCCUCUCCUGAUGCCUUCUCCUGAACAUAUACAGUACACACCUGAACCUUCUCCUGGAGGCCUUCUCCUGAACAUCUCUGUGGUCACAACAUUGACUUUGCACUACUUUCCCAACCCUGACCCCUGACGUCCCUCUGCAACACAUUCAGACUGCUGACCUAGAGGAUCUACUCAAAUGAAUGAUCACUCCAGGCAUCUCACAGGCUUCUCACACCCUCCCUCGAUGCUUCCCUUUAGCACAUUUUAAACUCUUACAUGAUGCCACACUGCUAACAUAUUGCAAUAUGCUCCCCUGAAACCUGUCCUGGACAUAAUGCUCACCUGAAGAUUCUUCGGGAAUUGUUCAGCAUAGUCAUGUGAAACCUCACCUGAAGACACUCAGAACACCCUCUUGAACACCCUCUUGACCUGAUCCCUCUCUCCACAGCACCCUACAAGUCAGUGUGAACACCAUUCUCUAAAUAACUCCAUGUCCCAAACUCCAAAACACACUCAAAGGCUGUCCCCGUCUUCAUCUGAAAAUUGUCCUUUGAAAAUGAAAAUCUUUACCAAAUAAGUCCUCUUAUCUUAUAACUCUUCUGGACUCUUCUCCUCUCCUCUCUCGUCACCUGAAGCUGCCGUUGGCUCUGCUUAGUCUAAGCCUUUAAAAGCCUCAAAGUUCUCUGUUAUGUAUGUAUAUAUGGACUAUUGAGUAUAUAUUGAUUAAGUAAUUAUGAAUGCACUGUAGAAAAGUAGACUAAUGAUUGUUCACGCCACUUUAGUCUGUCAGGGCAUCUUUAAUUGUAUGCAUUAAAGCAUUGGGGCUCCUUCUGUAGACUGUGGAUAGCGACUUUCCAAAUGUUUGGAAGGCUUUUCAGUUUCCUAAUGCAAAAAAGUAUCCAGUACCUCUAUAGUGUUUGUAUUUAUCUCUGAAAUAUUCACAUGUAGCCUCUCAAACCAAAAAAGGUCGCCUGUGUGGGUGCUGGAUGUGUGUGGAAGUGUUUACCUGCCUAGAAAGUGUCCUUUUCAAAACCUUGUCUUAGUUCAUCUUUUCCCUAUGAAAACAACGCGCUAGUCUGUUCUGAAAUGACUUGCAUCUGCUGUGCCUGUCAUUUCAUUUUACAUUUUUAGCCUUCAAGGGAAAAAAUGGAAAAAUAAAAAUGUAAGAACUCCUCUACCUAACGGUUGAGGUACAAAGGACACAAAGGGAUGUAUAACCCAAAUUAUAGGACACCACUUUAAGCAUUAUGUGUGCUUGUGUCAGACUGCAUGGUUAUGUAACGGCAGGUCCUUUAAAACAGUAGAGCCUUUCCUCUCCGAUGUUUUUGCACUGUGGGAUAGAACUGUAAUACUAAUAAGCCUUAAUCUGUCAUUCGUUUGGAGGUCAUCAGAAGAUGUGAUGUUAUGAGAUGUAAUGCGUUGCUGCAUUUGGCCGUUUUUCAAGCUCAUUUUGUUAAAAGUUUUUUUUUUGCUUUUAACAACCAAAGACUUUGAACAAUGAUUUUUGAAGCUUUUGAAAACGAAUCCUAAUGAAGUCUAAAUAAGAGAUCAGGGACAUGACAUGACAUUUGCUCUGUUUGCUUCGGAAGGGUAUCUUGUUUUCUGUUGCUUGGUGUACAACUCUUUUUUUUCCGUCUGUUACCUUAUGAUUUGUUUUUGGAGGUGUUGGUUAAUACUACUAUAUUGUACUAUAAAUGACUAGAUUCAUAUACAUAUAUACAUUUCUUUAGUCUUCUGUGUCUGCCUUUUGUGUUUUUAAUAUUGUUGUUAUAGCUAGGUGCUUUUUAGUACAUCUAGACCUGCACUGUACUGUAAGGGGGAAAGAAAUAGAGUAGAUGUCUGCUUUUGAUUAAGGAUAAUAUUUUACCGGUCAUGCCUAUCUUAAAUUAUGCUGCUUGACUCAGAACUCAUUAUAGCAUGUUUGCAAUUGUUACCAUUGUUAUGUAACUCUCAAUAGAUCAGAAAUUAUGUAAUGGCAAAACAUGCCUUGUGGGAUACGCUUUCACAUUGGCAGCCUCAGAGACUGUACAGAAAACGUAAUUUGGCCAUUGCUUUACUUAUAACUUACAUCUUCAUCUGCUGAGUGAUGUCUGUUCCCAGGCUAGGAUGCAGAUGGAUGUAAUGCUGUCUGGCCUGUACAAAGGACCCACCUUUUGUAAAACACUGUCAAUAAUACUAAUAAUAAUGCCUUGUCACUACACUCUGUGUGUAGAGCGCCCUCUAUCAGAUGUACCCAUGCACUAUAGGCUGGGAGUGGUGAAGGAUAGUCCCUCUAUUAAUAAUAAGUCACUCUGAACAAAAAAAACAUGUGCAUGUGUCUGAUGGUUUUCUGUGCAAGUGAUUAGAAUAUGCAAUGGGUAAACAACAUACAGUUCAGCACAAUGCAAUACAAUAAAUACUCAGCAAAACAUUA